GUUUCCUAGAAAAAGGUUAGUUCACGGUAACCUGCUGCGUUUUGUGGCAGCGUUAGGAAAAGGAAUUAACACAGGCAGAUGAUUUACACAGGGAUUAAUGUUAGUAGGGAUUAAUGCUAGCAGGGAUUAAGACAGGCAGAGGAUUCACACUGCCAGGUGUUAACUUAAACAGAGACUAGCACAGACAGAGGCUAGUAGAGACAGGCAAUUUACAUUCUCUUAAACUACUUUAAAAAAUGAAUAGGCCUGCUCCUUUCUGGCACCCUGAGAAAAAAGAAGAGAAAAAGAAAUCUCGUCCAAGGAAAUCUAACUCUCUGCUAGCCGAAUCCCUAGAGCUGGCCCGUGACCUCUACGACCCCUGGUACAAAAGGUUUGCGCCUGUUUACCCUGAUCACGAAUUUUACCGACCAACGAAACCUUAUGGGUCACCAUUGUCAAGGUCAUCCAGUUGGUCAUCGUCUGAGUCUAGCGCUCCCACCUCACCAACGUCAUCCACGGAUUUGCCUUUCCAAAGCCGAAUUUUCAAAUAUAAUAAAUAGAUGUAGUUAGAAGAUAAGUCCUAAUUUCUAAAGUAGUUUAAUAUAAUCUUCACGUAUAUAAUAAUAUGAAGAGGAUAGAGAUAGCUUAAUAUUUUGUUGAAUUGUGUUUUUUAGAAAGUUGUAGAAUAGUGGUACGUUAAAUAACACUGGUUUUUACAUAUUAAAGUGUUUGUUAUUAUUUCCAAUAUUUAAAUUGGUGAAAUGAAUAUGUUUACAAAACUUGCUUACAGAUUAUAUCUUCAGUUUAUCGUAAACGCAAAGCCAUGUUUGUUAUUUAUUUAUAAUGAAAAUAUAGCAAACAUUUUUCUAUUACAUGUAGUGAUUUGCAAAAUUC